UAAAGUGUUACCAAAAUUCCUUUAAUUUUUCCUCCAUUUGUGUUGUCUUGUUACUUCCUGUUCUGUGUUCCCAGAAGGCAACAAGUGCCCCUGACGGCUGGGCUCAGUGUGGGCUGGAACUCAGCGUUCAGCUCAGAGCCCAUGGUGAUCAUGUCCCUUUAGCUCAGAGCCCAUGGUGAUCAUGUCCCUUUAGCUCAGAGCCCAUGGUGAUCAUGUCCCUUUAGCUCAACUUAUAGUCCCAGUGGAAACUCUCAAUUCGUCCCUUUAGCUCAACUUAUAGUCCCAGUGGAAACUCUCAAUUCGUCCCUUUAGCUCAACUUAUAGUCCCAGUGGAAACUCUCAAUUCGAGGUGGCACGUGUAGAGCACUUACUAAGCAGACGUGCCGUUUUCCGUUUUACUGUAAAGAUUUACAUUUAUUCAUUUGGUAGACCCGUUUGUCCAAAGCGACAUACAGCAAUACAAUAACAUUUUAGCUAUUAAAUAACAUCUGAAGCAUUUUAACAUUUAAGCUGUUAAAUAACAUCUGAAGCAUUUUAACAUUUAAGCUACAUAACUACAGCUACAGCAAUAGAAUAACAUUUAAGCUGCAGUGCCUAAAUGUUGAAUAAAUGAGACCAUAGUUAGGAAUUACCACUGCAUCUGACAAUACGAGUACUAGAGGAGUGCCUACAGUUUUGUACAAUUGCUUAAACACUAAAAUCAAAAGUAUCCCAUAGAUAGCGAAACCUUACACUCAAGGAGCAAAAUAUCAGCCCAGAUUUGCACAACUACAGUAUAAGCACAUUAUCAGGCCCACAGAUUUUGUGAAACACUACACAUAUUGAUUUACAAAACACUAAACACGUUUCUCUACUUUAGACACAAAAAUCUCAGAUAAUGUCUCCUCUUUGCAAUUACAAGGCACUAGCUUCCAAAAUACUCACCCAUGAACCAAUUGAUCAAACACAACUAUCGGCAGGGUGGCCAGUGGGCACAAGUCCUGGCUGAAAUCAUGACAGGGAGACUGAAGACUAGUUGAAGACUGAAGAACAGUCUUCCAACACCAAGGAUUCUUUAGAAGUUGUUUCACAAUCAGUCAGGCGUGGAUGAUAAGACAUACUUCAGAAUGCAAGAUCUUCUUUUAUAUUUUGAUUCUGUGUCAGGAACAAAAAAGAUAAAACCUGCAUGCAAGGUAGCAGUCAUAACAAGCCAUGCCUGGGAUGCAAAUGCUACACUUCUAGCAUAUAUAAAGACCCUUUUGAGGCAACCAGCAGCAGAUGUGCAGAGAUGUUGGAUUUGAACACACUCAUACAGUGGUGGAGGCUGUCAUGCUGCACACGCAGGCUUCAGUACGGAGUUCAGUGUGGGCUUCAGUACGGAGUUCAGUACGGGCUUCAGUACGGAGUUCAGUGUGGGUUUCAGUACGGAGUUCAGUGCAGGCUUCAGUACGGAGUUCAGUGUGGGUUUCAGGGUUUUGCUCAUGGAUGCCUGGACGGGGUCAGGAAGAGCUGGGUUGCCCAAUGACUGGUUGCCCUCUACCUUUUGAGCCUCCGCUGAAUUGUCUUGUUGGAGACAACAAGCAUCUGGACAUUCUGGAGAAAGGAGAUGGGAAGGUCCUCCCUCCUGACCAGAAAGAUACACCCCCGGAGUCUGAGAACAGCGCAUCAGAUGACACAGAGGCAUCAAGUGCGGGAAGCUCAUCAGAGGAAGAGGUGGAAGAGGAUGAGGAAGAUGAGGAAGACGAAGAGGGACAUACAGCAGAGAGUGAUGAAGGCGGUGCUUAUGACACAAGACACGAGGAGGCUCCGGACCCAGAGGCUGGGGAAAAGCAAAAUGGUGUUUAUGGAAAGCCGUGCUGUGAAAAGUGCAAGGCCAUUCAGAAUCAUGAUUAUGAAGUUGUUACACCACGGAAAAUAUCCAGAGGACAUCUGCAGUUGACCCUGGCGUGUGAGGGGACGUACGAGUGCGCAGUGACCGGCCUGGUUUUCGAGGUCUCCCAGAGCGUCCGGAUUAAAUACUGCGUCCUCUCCUGGAGCAAGUUUGGCUCGUUCCUGAAGGACUCCUGGAAGUUUGCCGGGCCCAUCUUUGAUGUGGACUGCGACCCGGCCAUCCUCAAGUCCAUCCAGUUCCCGCACUCCCUCUGUCUGGCAGAUGAGGACAGCGAUGUGACGUUUAGCGUCCUGCAUGUGAAGGACAGCAAGCCGCAGAUCGAGCCGUCGGUGGACCACUCCGGCAGCCAUAUCAAGUGGACGGUGACGUCCCUGUCCCCCGUGGGCCCCAUCGUCCAGACCAGCCGGCCGGCGCAGCACCAUGGCGUCGUCCUCGUCUACAAGGAGGUGGGCCAGCAAGCCUCCUACUCCUUCAGGGUCUACCUGGCCUCCAACAACGACUCCGACAUCAAGGACAUUCAGAACGCGGUGCGAAGGUCCAAUAAGAAGUAUGUGAAGCUGGAGAAGCCCCCCACCUGUCAGCGCCUCCUAGAGGAGAGGAGGAAGUAUCGCCUGACCAGCGACCCCGAAGGGGACAUCACACCUGCAGAUUUCCAGUUCACGCUGGACGUGGUGAAGAUGAAAGGCUACUUUGAAGUGUUCUUCGAGCUGCCGCCCCCCUUCAAGCUGUCUCUCAUAGAGGUGGACUCGGACCAGCCACUCUGGGCAGCAACUAUCAGGGAAGGUGACUGUGUGUACAAGUGUGAGGAGAAACCGAAGAGGAAAGCAGAGAGGCGGAAACGGAGCACCAGCACAUCAGAGGAGGAGGUGUCCAAUAAGAGGCCUCGCUGGGCAGACGAGUCAGACGGAGUGAGGUCAGUGAGGGCGACGACACUGGACGUGACGGACCAGCAGCUGAUGAAACUGGCCAAGUGCAUGGGCAAGGAGUGGAGACAGGUGGCCAUCUCGUGGCUGGGCCUCAGCAUCCUUGAGCUGGACAAACUGCAGUCCGGCGAAGAUGACCCCAUCAUGCAAAGGUUCCGCAUGCUGGACAACUGGAGGAGGAGGAACAAGGGCAAGGCCGGCCUCGACCAGCUGCACGACUGCCUCAACAAGGACGACGUGCCCACUGAGGUCCGAGACUGCCUGGAAGACAUGCUGCAGGGUAACUGUAGCAGUUGAGUGUGCUGCUGGACUUUUGGACUGGACUUUUGGACGAGAAGGUCCAUCUGCUGGACCACUGGACCAAACACAAGGGACCAAAACACACCUCCGCCUGACCUUUCCGUUGGACACUGUGUGUGUGUGUGUGUGUGUGUGUGUGCGCGAGCGUGCAUUACUUAACCUACACCAGGCAAAAGAUGCUUCCUUAAACUGACCUUUUAUUGAGUUUUUCAAACCACCUAUUCCCUGAAAAGAUCUUUCAAAAGGUCCAGGCUCCCUACAGAGCUACUCAUUUCAGCCUCUGGGUUUUUACCAGGGACAGUGCUGUAGGUCAAACCAGCUCUGGGAGGAUUUGAGAAUCCAAACUUAUGUUGACAAAAUACUGCAGAGAUGUCAGUACGGUGCUGCAGUCAGUACUGCCUGUGGAAAGCCUUGCCUACUGCCGUGUUGCAGUCAGUACUGCCUGUGGAAAGCCUUGCCUACUGGCGUGCUGCAGUCAGUACUGCCUGUGGAAAGCCGUUCUGAACCAAAGGUUCUGCAGUCAGUACUGCCUGUGGAAAGCCAUUCUGAACCAAAGGUUCAACUUGAUUUUGUAUAUUUGGAAAUGUUUUCCAUUCAUGUUUUUGGUUGAUUUUUUAAUGGUUUCAUUUCAUUUUAUUUUUUUAUAACAACUUUUUAUAUGAAAUUGUACAUAUUUGUUUACUCAUGAUGUGAUUCCCUGGACCAAAUAUGUCCAUGUCAUUUGUUAGUUGUUUGUUUGUUAUCUUUUUCUAUCUGGUUUAUCUGGUGGUACCUGUUGAAACUUGAUGGAGGUUGUAUUUGGCUUAUUGUCUGUUAUAAUAAGCUCUGGUCAGUAGAAUGGGAUUGGAAUAGCACUUCCUGUACUGGACGAAGGAUGAAGUCUAAGUGUAGCUCUCCAGGGAGCCAGACUGGUCCCUGAGCGACUACUCGCAGUCUUGACCCCUGUGAAACGUGGCCCAUUUAAACACGCAGCCUCCGCAGUACGGACUUAACAGAUAAGAGGAUGGGAGGAAAAGAGAUAAGUAUGGCACAUUGAAAUGAAUCAGGGCCAUUAUUACAGUUAAGCUCUCAGGCACAGCAUGCACACAUAAGCUUGAAGGGAGUCGGAGGAGGAGGCGGUGUGGCUGGACCCACCUACUGUAGCACGAGACUGAGUAGCCAGAGGACUAAGGGUUAAGGGUCAAAGGUUAAAGGUUAAAGGUUGGGGGGUGGGUUGGCGUGGGUCCAGGCUUUUUUAUUAUCUGGAAAUCAUUCUGUUUACUGUAUGCCCUUAAGCCUAUGAGUACAGAAGCCUGUUUAGUUUGACUGAAUGAAAGAAAUGAUCAUGAAGUUCCUGCUGUGGUAACCCAUUCCACGGAUGUUUUAGUCAGCCGUACUGACAAAUGUCUUCAGGAGCAACUGCAGGACAUCUCAGGCCAAGGUGCAGAUUAUGCCCUUGAUUUGUACAGUCAGAUCAUGUUUACAAUGGUGCAGACCUCAGCUCUCUGUGCUUUGAAGGUAUGCCAUAGUGCAUGUCUUUUUUGUGUACAAAUCCUUGCACUAGUCCUCAGUCGAAACAGUACUCAUGUUGACCGUAGCCUUUGAACUGAAUCCUUAAACUUGGAUCGUUGUGGAAUUUCACUAAUGUAGCAUAAGAUGUGGCUGAAUAAAAGUUUUUUUUUGACUUGUCAUAUAAAACAUUAAGCCUUAAUUACUGCUGAAAAAUACUUUAUUGUAAACAGUCAAUAAACGGGGUUUUAAA